AACUAAUAUAAGUAUUUUGUGAACAGGAUCUGGAAUCCUGUAUCCUGCUGUAAAUAUAUAUAUCUAGUUAAAUAAUAUAGUGGUGUAGGUGUUUAAAUUUAUUUUAAUUAAGUUAAAUUAAUUAAAAUGACAAAAAAGUAUGAAUUCGAUUGGAUAAUACCGGUACCACCGGAACUAACAACAGGUUGCGUCUUCGAUCGUUGGUUCGAGAAUGAAAAGGAAACAAAAGAAAACGAUUUUGAAAAGGAUGCACUAUUUAAAGUGGAUGAGUAUGGAUUCUUUUUAUAUUGGAAAAGCGAUGGCAGGGAAGGUGAUGUUAUAGAAUUAUGUCAAGUGAGCGACAUAAGAGCUGGAGGAGUGCCAAAGGAUCCCAAAAUACUCGAUAAGGUCACGAAAAAGAAUGGUACUGAUUUAGUGGCCUUAGACAAAAGAUCUCUAACGAUAUGCUCGAAUACAGAUUAUAUUAAUAUAACAUAUCAUCAUGUUAUAUGUCCGGAUGCGGAUACAGCCAAGAUUUGGUUAGAUGGUAUAAGAAAAAUUACACAUAAUGUUAAAGCGAAUAAUGUCUGUCCAAUGAUGUGCUUAAAAAAACAUUGGAUGAGAUUAUGCUUUUGCGUUGAAAAAGGAGGUAAAAUACCCGUCAAAACAAUAGCAAAAACAUUUGCAUCAGGAAAAACAGAAAAACUGGUCUACCAAUGCAUAAAAGAUGUUGGAUUGCCUGAAGAAAAAAGUGCCACCAUGACAAAGGAUCAAUUUACGUUUGAUAAAUUUUAUGCGUUAUAUCAUAAAGUAUGUCCUCGUAAUGAUAUCGAAGAACUUUUUACAUCCAUCACAAAAGGCAAAUCUGAUAUCAUAUCUAUGGCUCAAUUUAUACAAUUCAUGAAUGAGAAGCAACGUGAUCCAAGAUUAAACGAAAUCCUUUUUCCACUAUAUGAAGAAAAACGUUGUACGGAAAUUAUAAAUGAUUACGAGUUGGAUGAGGAGAAAAGAAAAAGUGGUCAAAUGUCUUUGGAUGGACUUAAACGGUAUUUAAUGUCAGAUGAAAAUGCACCAGUAUUUCUGGAUUGCCUAGAAAUUUAUAUGGAAAUGGAUCACCCAUUAGCGCAUUAUUAUAUCAAUAGUUCACAUAAUACGUAUUUAUCAGGUCGCCAAAUUGGUGGAAAAAGUUCGGUGGAAAUGUACAGACAGACUUUAUUGGCAGGUUGUCGUUGUGUAGAAUUAGAUUGUUGGAAUGGCAAAGGUGAAGAUGAAGAACCUAUUGUUACUCAUGGUCACGCAUAUUGUACUGAAAUCUUAUAUAAAGAUUGCAUACAAGCUAUAGCGGACUGUGCCUUUGUGGCCUCUGAGUACCCAGUAAUUUUAUCAUUUGAAAAUCACUGCAAUCGUGCGCAGCAAUAUAAAUUAGCUAAAUACUGUGAUGAUUUCUUUGGUGAAUUAUUACUUAAAGAACCGUUGCCAGAUCAUCCGCUUGAACCUGGCUUACCUCUCCCACCGCCUUCUAAACUUAAGCGUAAAAUUCUUAUCAAAAAUAAGCGUAUGAAACCGGAGGUUGAAAAAGUAGAACUAGAACUUUGGCUGAAAGGUGAACUUAAAACUGAUGAUGAACCUGAAGAAGAUGCUAGUGCUGGUAAGCCACCUGAAGCAGCACCACCACCAGAAGCAGCAGCACCAGCUGCGGGUGAACCUGGAGCAGAUGGUGCAGCACCAGAAGCUGAAGCAGCUGCAGCUUAUAGUGGUUCAACGACAAAUGUACAUCCCUGGUUGUCGUCGAUGAUUAAUUAUGCGCAACCUAUCAAAUUUCAAGGAUUUGAUAAAGCCAUAGAGAAAAAUAUUGCUCAUAAUAUGUCGUCAUUUGCGGAAUCCGCUGGCAUGAAUUAUUUAAAACAGAGCUCCAUCGACUUUGUCAAUUAUAAUAAACGUCAAAUGUCACGCAUUUAUCCAAAAGGUACACGCGCUGAUUCUUCCAACUAUAUGCCACAAGUAUUUUGGAAUGCUGGUUGUCAAAUGGUGUCACUUAAUUUCCAAACCUCCGAUCUGCCAAUGCAACUGAAUCAGGGUAAAUUCGAAUAUAAUGGCGGUUGUGGUUAUUUGUUGAAGCCAGAUUUUAUGCGUCGUUCCGACAAGGAUUUCGAUCCAUUCGCCGAUGCUCCCGUAGAUGGUGUCAUUGCAGCGCAAUGUUCCGUUAAAGUGAUUGCCGGUCAAUUCUUGUCCGAUAAAAAAGUCGGUACAUAUGUAGAAGUUGAUAUGUAUGGUUUACCUUCGGACACUGUUAAAAAGGAGUUCCGUACACGUUUGGUGGCUAAUAACGGAUUAAAUCCAGUCUACAAUGAAGAUCCAUUUGUAUUUCGUAAAGUUGUUUUACCCGAUUUGGCUGUGCUACGUUUCGGUGUAUAUGAAGAAAGUGGCAAAAUGAUUGGACAACGUAUUUUACCAUUAGAUGGUCUACAGGCUGGCUAUCGGCACGUCUCACUACGUACUGAAGCUAAUUUCCCAAUGUCAUUGCCUAUGCUUUUUGUUAACAUCGAAUUAAAAAUUUAUGUACCUGAUGGCUUUGAAGAUUUCAUGGCUAUGUUGUCGGACCCGAGAGGUUUUGCCGGCGCUGCACAGAAGCAAAACGAACAAAUGAAGGCCUUAGGCAUUGAAGAGCAAAGUGGUGGAGCAGCACGUGAUGCAGGCAAACCAAAAGAAGAAGAAAAGAAAGAACCACCAUUAGUAUUUGAGCCAGUAACAUUAGAAUCGCUACGCGGCGAAAAGGGCUUCCAGAAAGUAGCAAAGAAACAAAAUAAAGAGCUUGAUACGCUUAAGAAGAAGCAUAGCAAAGAACGCAUGGCUAUGCAAAAGACACAGAAUGCAGCAAUUGAUAAACUCAUCAAAGGCAAGAGUAAGGAUGAAAUACGUAAUGACUCGGCUAUUAAAAACGCCAUAACAGAGCAAACACAACAAUGGACUGAAAUGAUUGCCAAACAUAAAAAGGAAGAGUGGGAUAUGUUGCGUCAACAUGUGCAGGACUCGCAGGAUGCAAUGAAAGCGCUUAUGUUAACGGUGCAGGCGCAACAAAUAAAGCAAUUGGAAGAUCGUCAUGCCAAAGACAUUAAAGACUUGAAUGCCAAACAAGCCAAAACUUCAGCCGACACUGCUAAGGAAGUGCAAAACGAUAAAACCCUGAAGACGAAAAAUGAGAAGGAUCGUCGCUUACGUGAGAAACGUCAGAAUAAUAUUAAACGUUUCAUGGAAGAAAAGAAGCAAAUUGGUGUUAAACAAGGACGCGCCAUGGAGAAACUCAAAUUGGCACAUUCGAAGCAAGUCGAUGAAUUUAGUACUGACGUGCAAAAGGUACUAAAUGAAACACUGCAGCAAAACGACACUAUAUCCAGUAUUGAGACUGUACUUUAGAACAAAUAGAUCAUUAGAAACAGUUACUAUCAUUUUAGAGUCACACAGUUAAAAAGUAAAUAGUAGCUUGCUAAUGUAAAUGUAUGUGUGUGUGUAUGUGGGUGUAUGGGAGCGUACUAUGUGUGGGAAACUUUAUGUAUAAUAACAUUAAAUGUUUUAUAUAUAAAUAAUCUGUGUCGAUGAUUAUGAGUCCUGAUUGUAAUGUGUGACUACCUUUAAGUUUUUGUUCCU